UUCCACACUAGGCUCUUUGCACAGGAAGUUGUAUACAUUGGAAGCAUUCAGGAAAGCAGAGAGCAGAUUCACGUUAAGACACAGUAGAGCGGAAAAAAAAGAACAAGGUGGAAAAACAGGGAUAAAAAUCCAGGAAUAAAAUAGAAAUUGCAUACUGUGCUCUCAGUUCCUUCCCCUCUGCCGUGUCUCAACAUUUGAAAACUUCUCAGCGUACCAGUGCCAUCACAAAACAGGCGAUCUGGAAAACCUUCAUUCUAAUGUCAGACAGUGUUCUUUUAAUGGAUGUCGCAUGUUUUCACAACUACAGAGAAGCCACUGAAAGGGGAGACUGUGUGGAAUGAAGGAAAAGAGGAGGAGAUAAAAUGCAGCAGAGCGACUGGCUGGAGCUUAAAAAAAAAAAAAACAGGAAACCAACUACUUCUAAAACCGCUUCUGCAUCUCCUUCAAAGUUAAAACAGUAGAAUGCCACGUACCAGUCAAUGAACACUCACUUUUUGCUCACCAUCACUCGGUCUAGUGAUGGUCUAAAGGUCUGAACGUUUAAAAAGUGACGUCAUCUCUGAUCUCAGCCUCCAGCGGUGAGGUUAGUCAGUAUGUGAGUGACUCUAGAUUUUUGGGAACUGACUGCUGGGAUUUCUGUGUGGCUGCUUUUUGACCUUCAAACUCGACCUUUCUCAGGGGCAUAUGGAUCGAUCGCUGUGCACUCUCGGACUCGUUUCUUUUCGCCAUCUGGCCUACUAACUGGAGCCACAUGAAGAAUAAAGGGACAAAGCAGAAGUCCAAAAAGAAAGGAAGUGAAAAUGCAUUCGGCUGUGACCUGACAGAACAUCUCCAGAGCUCGGGACAGGAGGUUCCUCAGGUUCUGAAAAAAUGUGCUGAGUUUAUUGAGAAACACGGGAUUGUGGACGGGAUCUACAGACUGUCGGGUAUCACCUCAAAUAUCCAGCGUCUCAGGCAGGAAUUCUGCUCCGAGGUGUGCCCUGACCUUACAAAGGAAGUGUACCUCCAAGACAUCCACUGUGUGGGUUCCUUGUGUAAGCUGUACUUCAGGGAGCUACCCAAUCCUCUCCUCACAUAUGAGCUCUAUCGUGAUUUCACUGAGGCGGUUUCGGUCCAUGGGGAUCAUGAGAAACUCUUACAUAUUCAGAGGGUCAUCAAAGAACUGCCACUCGCACACUUCAGGACUCUGGAGUUUCUUACCAAGCACUUGGCCCACCUUGCCACCUUAAGUGCCCAGACCAACAUGCAUACGCGUAACCUGGCUCUGGUUUGGGCUCCAAAUCUGUUGAGGUCUAAACACAUUGAAGCUUCCUCUGGUAAUGGAGACAUGGCUUUCCAGGAGGUGCGGGUGCAGCAGUCAGUGGUGGAGUUUAUUCUGAAUCACACAGAGCAGCUCUUCAGCAGUGAUUCUGUGCAAAUUAAACCCAAAGAAGGACCAAAUUUGAUGUGCAGUGAGAAGUAUGCCACUCUCCCGAUAAGUGGCCAAUGUGGACCCAUGAAAUUGAUGAGCCUGGAGGAAGCCCAAGCGCGGUCUUUAAGUCCAAACCAUCCUGUCCAUAAAGAGCGUCAGCGAGAAAACAGUCUGCCUGACACCAGCACCGCCAUGUUGUACCACACCGUCAUAGAUGUGUCAGACAGCAAGAGAAAGCUUUCUGGGAAGUCCAAGAAGUGGAAGUCUAUCUUCAACCUAGGCAGGUCUAUAGACUCAAAGGGAAAACUGAGCCGAAAUGGUAGUGUGUUCGUAAGAGCACGGGGAGUAACAGAAAAGGCAGCUCUUCGUCCAUCCAGGAGCAUGGAGUCCUUGUGCUCCUUAACAACAGAUGAUGAUCGAACCGGAGACAGCAGCCCAGCCGGUGGACCCCGUAGUAUUUUUGUUCCAGAAGUAAAAUCCAGAACAUUGGGAUCUGACUUGCUCUUUGAAAUAAGUGAGCACGAACACAACUGGGAGAUAAAGGAAGGAAAAUGAUGGUUGCAACAGGUGCCUUGGAGUACUAACAUGAACCAGAAGGAUUCUCCAGGUGCCUCAGACCCCCAGAAAUCACUACCAGAACAACUGAAGGUGUUCAAAGGAGAUGACUUCAGCAGCUAUCAGCCAACAUCUCCUAUAAAACAGAAGGAUGUUAUACUCAGGUUUCUUCCAAAUCCUCUCGACCCCUCCUUCCAGGAAGCCUAAUUCCCGCUGGAGUCGUCUCCGAGGCAUCAGCGCAGAGCCGUCAACAUAUCUGAACCCUUUGCCGUGUCUGUACCGCUACGUGUUUCAGCUGUUAUCAGCUCCAACAGCACGCCGUGUAGAGGCCACGGCAAAGACAAACCUGCUGCGGCUGCACUCAAACCUUGCAAAGAGUCUUCAGAGCAGAGCAGCAACAGUGGAAAGAGCUACACUUUCCCCGAGCUGGAGCCGAGGAAGCAGGAAGAAGCAGAGAGGAAAAACACAGAGGCGCCGAGCACUGCAGGCAGGCCAGAGGGUGCACACAAAGAAAUGGCCCAAGAGGGUCAAGGAGCCAUGAGUGUUUCUGAACUGGACCAGCCCUCCAUAGCAAUUGCAAGCGAAGUCAAAGAAACAGUGCCAUCUCCUGGGAAACAGCUGCACACUCAGAAUAUUACAAUGCAACUGGGAAAAGAACUUUCAUUUGGGGAUGAUCUGUGGCCUGAUCUCCACCAAGAGCUGAAAAUAACUGAACCUGAAAUUGACAUACUGGAUGAACCUUUUAAACCUGUAUUUUGCUCCAAAAGCCCUUGUGAGGACACAAAGUUAACAGCUGAUGUAAAGUCCAAAAGAAGCCGCAGUUCUCCUUCUUUGACGUUGUUAUGUCGGGAGCAAGCUUCAAAUAUCUCUCAGAGAGAUCAUCUUAUUAACACUGGAUCUGACUUUGGAAAGAAACAGUCAUCAGAGUCAGACAUCCUGUUUUCCCUGCACGACAACUUUGACCUACAUUUUGGUGACAUUGUGAAAUAUCCCCAAUCUAAAAAGACACUGGAUGAAAAAGAGAAGCUCCAUCCAAAGAUCACACCGCUGAGUAAAGAUGACUCAACUGACAGCAGGCAUUGGGAGCCUCCCACUUUUGAUGAAGUUAAUAAUCCUGUGAUGAAAGAUGGUCCAACUGUUACUGACAUUUCAGCUGCAAGGGAUGCCAUCAAAAACUCUGACCAACAUGAAAACCCUCAAAAAGAUAAGAACAUCUCCUCUGUUGGUGCAAAGAAAAGUGUAAGUGCUGAGUUGGAAGGUAUUCAGAGACUAUCAGUAUGUUUGGAGGAGAGACAUAACACCCCAGAGCCGCCAAAUGAUGACGACGACGAGUGUGGAAGAAACCUAGAAGAGCUGGACUUGGUGGAACCUUGGGAGGAACUUAGCUCCACCAAACAGUGGGUGACGAGUCCUCUGCACUCACCUGAAGUGGAGGAAUUGUUGGAGCAGCUGUCAUCCCCUUGUGCUGAAGAAGAACCGCUAACCUCAGAGAAAGCAAAGAUUUCAUGUCCAUUUGAUAAGAGCAAAGAGACGAGUAAAGCAUCUCUCGGUAAUAGCGCUGAAUACUUUUCUGGAGACGUCCCUCAAACUUCAAGUAGCAAGUCAGACCCCAAAUGGAUGUGUGCACCAUCGCUACCUGCACGGAUCAAGAUGACAAACAAUAAUGUUGCACAACCUCACACAGGAAAACAGAAGAACACAGUUUCAUCUCAGAGGAUUUACCGACAAAUGUCACAUGAUGCAGCUGUGUCUGAGAAAAAACAGGAUGAUGGUUUUUCCAAGCAUAGACCGUGUUCACUAAAUUUGGACUUUGGACAUCGAUGUAUUAGAGACAUUUCAAAUCAGCAAAACCAUAAUUCGUCUGAUCUUGCGUCUUGUCAAAGGGGAUUACUGACCUCAUCUGGAAAUGUUAACAACGGGCUGCCGUCAGAGCUGGAACUAUUUUUGACUGAUCGCCAGGCGCCUCUACGUCGAAACUCAGCCCCAGUCAGCGUGUCAUCAGUCCGAACGGCCUUUAUGAUAAAGACGUGCCAGGCCAAAGCUGUGCCUGUCGUUCCCCCAAAGGUACAGUACAGUCAAAUACCCCAGUUUGACAUAGUGACUGAACGAGAAAAAGAAUACCCUAAAACGAACACGCCAAAAAGCACCGCCAUGCCUGAGCAGAUGUCAGAUCUAAAGGAGGAGCUGGAGAAUAAGGAGCCGACAUCCAAAUGCCAAAUGCACCCCACUGUUGAGAAACCUGCAGAGUCUAUGAAGAGUGCAGAACUCUCAGUCAUAACAAGGAAAAACACUCCCAAUCUAGAUGUGAUCACCGAUUGUCAACGGCCAAACAGAUCCAGCGUGUUGCAAAGACCAUCCUUUAGGAACAGGCAGAGACCUCAGAGUCUGAUUCUGCUUAGCCCACCUUUCCCCAUCAUGGACUACCCACAUUCAGGAGAUGAUAGCAAACUCCUGCCAUCCAUCAAGACCCUUAAUGACACAUCGGCAAUGAACGUCUUUUCUAAAGACCUGGCGGAUGGAAUCAGGACAGCAGAGGGAACACCUCCAAACAAAAUGACAAUCCCAAAAAGCGGGCAGAGACUGGAAACGUCAACCAGCUGCUUCUACCAGCCACAGAGAAGGUCGAUGGUUUUUGACAGCAAGAGCCACAGGCAGAUCGAGUGACUGGAUGUCCAAACACUGUGUAAAUCAACGACACAUUAUAGUGAAACUUUGCUGUGGAAAAUAAGAAAAUGAAGAGAUUAUGAUAACGUAUUUGUUAAAAUUCAAGAAUUUCUUUCAGUAGACUGUAGAUUGUUACAACUCUGACCCAUGAAGUAUAGUAGAAAUCAUUUGG